UUUAGAUUUCAGUUUGCUUUACGCUGAACAGGUGCUGAGGACAACCUGUCUAGUCCCAGCCAAAUUGUAACAGAUUCCUGCCAUGUAACUGCAAUCGUCAUAAUUUUUAACGAAUUCACGCAAAUUGUGCUCUUUGGAAAUCUGCAUAUGGUGUUAUGUGGCACAAUUAGUUUGAGUAGUUUCAGUGGCGUGAGGACCCUCUCAUUCACGUGGCCUUCAAAGAAACGACAGAGAUGCAACUUUCUUCCCGUUUGUGGGUGUCUCCGCUCCUCUGCAGGUUGCCCUGGGCAGAUGGAAGUUCGGAGUUUAGUUGGCCCUCGAGAUGCGAAGGUAAUGUGCAGUCAGAGCAUGGAUCCCCGAAGCAUUCCUGAAGUUUCUUUGGCUGGGCCUGGAAAGCGAGGGGCGGAUUGUGAGUCCAGGAAGCGGCAGUAUGAGUGGAGAGUUCAGAGCCUGCUGGGACCCCAGCAGAUUCAGGAGGCAGCCCACUACAGCGACUCCAACAGUGUGUGCACGGAGGACUUCGCCUCCAUCUUCCGCGAAGGGAUGGUGAACCCUGAGCUGAGCUUUGACUCUGGGUCGGACAGCACCUUCUCAUUCUGCAGCCAGGCCUCCCUGGGAGAACCAUCUCACAAGUCCACCAUCUGUCAGCCAGAGCUGCUGGGAAGUGAAGCCAGGGAACUUCCUUGCAAAGAGUCCAGGAAGGAGAGGGCUUGGUGUGACCGGGUGUGUGGGCAAGGUAGUGGAGCAGCUCUUCAGGAAACCUCAAGAAGAAUUUGGGCAUCCAAAACCAUAGGGAAGGGUGAGCUUGUUGGGCACAUUGAUGAGGAGGCUAUCAUUAACUCCGCGGCCCAGGAUCAAGAGAUUGUCCAACAGUUUGAGGAGGAGUUGAAGCAAGUUCUGACCGGGACCCAGUCACGGGCUGUGUGUGAUUGGGAACAGGCUGUGCCCCAGGGCCGGACCCGUAGAUCCAGAAGCAUUGAGUCUUUAGGUGACAGGAUUUCGAAGCUCAGCAAGGACAAUAUGUUGGGGCAAACUUCACUGCAACAAAACCCUCCUGCUGGGUACGAAAUUGACCUUCCAAACUCCACCAUAGAGGCACCCAUGAACUCCAGUCCCCAGAGAGGCAGUGUUUUGGUGGCAGAUUACCCCCCAGGCAUGAUGAACUGUGGAGGUCUCAUCACUGAUCGUGAUGGUAUUGGAUUACGACUUACCGAGGCUCCAAGGAGACAGUCACACAACCAAGAGAAACGAGGUGGAGUUAACUGCCCAGCACUUCAGGCCUUCUCCGCUGGGUGUAUCAGUGAACCUGUCCCGUUGCAGCAAGGGAACACAGCUCCCAAAGUCCCUCCACAUUACCGAGGGGAAGUUCAACUGGAUAAAGAGGCGAUGAACAGGUCCCGCCCACCGUACCACAUCUUACCCAUGCCAGCCUUUUGCCGUACAGAGAAUGCCAGCCCUGCACCAGGUGAGGGAACUGUAGGUAAACCCAUCAUUUUGGAUCAGUGGAAGAGAAUGAACAGUAGUCUAGGAGGCUCGAAUUCCAAGUUGCGGCCCUCCUACCCUUGCAGGAACCGGCCAGUUCGGUCACUGGAUUCUGCCCCUCCUCCAAUUUGCCCUGUCUGGAGAGGCAGUGGUGUCAGUGAAGGCUCUGCAGACUGCUGCCCUGUCACUACCCACCCAUUGCGUGUCUCCAGGGACAGGAUGAGGUCCCUGGAUCCACCACGCGACGGUCUGAUCGGCUCCAGCAAUGUGGCCAAAGCAAAACUGGCACAUUCACGGAGCAUCACCCAGGGGGCUUACAGCGAGGGUCUCUGCUCCCUCCAAGAUAAACUUACUUCAGGUGGGGGACUCCAGGCCAUCGCUGACGUGAGCGGGUCCUACAGUGCGAGGACGUGCUGUAGCCCCACGAAGGAGACCAGCAGGUAUGGAAACUCACAGAAAGUGACAGUGGGUGAAAAUUUCGGGAGGCCGUUUGCAGAAUGGAACAGUGAGCAGAUGAAGUCCAAGUGGGAUUCCAGCUUGAAUGAAGGUCCAAACCGUUCCUGGAAGUGGAACAGAAGUCCUCAGGUGUCCAGCACAAAGAGGCAGGCAAUGGGAGACCAUCAGUCCCCGAGGAAGAUAGCGGAGAGAGGUCAACAUGAGACAAGAUCCUCAGAGGUCCCAGGGAAGGAGACGCAGAAUGGGUCUCAUCAGGCCAGGACGGAGUUGGUGCUACCAGAGGGUGAUGGAGAUAGCGGGCAGCAAGACCCCAGGGGUAGGAGUGACCUCUGCAGCACUUGGAGGCAGCACAAGGUCACUGAGGGGGUGCAACACCAGCCAGACGGGUCGGAGGUGAGUCAGGAGCCAGGGGCAGCCGAGCUCACAAAACUCCUGGAUAGGAACAGCCAGCUGGAAGCGCGGGUCAGGGAGCUGGAGAGGAGCCUGGAAUCUGUGAAGGCCAACCCAAGCUCCUGGCACUUGGAUCGUUUCCUCGAGUUCCUGGCACCGCUGGCAGAACGCGACCUGAAGGUCAGCUCUCUGGGGAAGAUCCUGUCAGAGAAGGAGCUGGAGAGGCUGAGGUUGAUGGAGGCUGUGGUGAUGCUGCAGGCACAGAAGGAGGCCCAGCUGUCCACCAUGGAGACUCAGAGGAAGGAGCAUGUGUGGAGACAGGUGUCAAAUGCAGAAGAAGGGCAGCAGAGGCAGGCCCAGCAUGAAGAAAGCCUGACCUUGAGAGAACUGGUUUGUCCUCUAGAAGAGGCAAUGAAGAAACUGAGUGAGGAACUGAAGCAGGAGGCAAAGACAAUGGUCCAGAAUGCCCUGGCCCAGGAAUACAAGACAUGGGAAGUGGAUCGGGAGGAACAGCUCCAACAACAGCAGUUAUCCCUGAGAGAGAAGAAUGAAGGAGUCAUUACUCAGGCAAAGGAGGAAUUGGAGAAGGAACAAAGGAAUUCACUGGCAUUACAAGAUAAAAUUAUUGAGUUGAAGAAGAGAAUCCAGGAGCUGAAAUUCCAGAAUCACUCCCUGCAACAGGAGAAGGAACAAGCUGUGGGAGAUGUGCGGAGUCAGCUGGCUGCGGAGAAGAAUGAGGAGCUGCAGCGGCUCAGGGAGGAGAUGGGGCUGGAAAAAGAGCGCGAGGUCAAGAGGUUGCAACAGAAGAUAGCACAGACGGAGGGUGAGCUGGCUACCCUGCAGUCCCUGAUCAGGGAGGCUACGGAGAGAGAGAGGGAAACCUGGGAGCAGAGGGAACAAACGGAGAGGUACUUUGUGACCGAGAUCAGGAAGGAGUGUGAGUGCCUCCAUGCAGUGAUACGAAACACAAGGGAACUUGCACUGGGGGAGAGUCUACCAUCCACUAAACUGAGAAGCCCAUCGCAGAUGACACUGCAGGAAGCUCUUCACACACUGCACAGAGUGGGUGAGGAUAUACAUAGACUUGUGAAGGACCUGCGUCAGGAAUUGGAGACCCAGCAGCAGGAACAAGACCUCAAACAGCAACAAGGAGAACAGUUUUCAUUGGAUAAAGGAAAGGCUCUGGCUGCCUUGGAGGACAGGUUGAUCCAGAAUCACACUGAAGACAGCAGGUUGAAGAAUUCACCAAUGAAGGAGUCUGGGAGUGAAGAGGAUCACACACUGCAGCAGCAGAUUUUGGAGAAGGGCACCAAGUUACAAACAGUCCAAAGGAACAGGGCCAAGUGGAAAGAUGAGACUGUCUGCAAGCUCACCCACAAUUUCAGGGAAGAAUUGAAUGAAGAAUAUGACAACGGUUUCUUGAAGAAAGGUGAACAUGAAAAGAAGACAGAAAAACUGGAAAAUGAAAUCCAACAACUAUCUUUGGGACACAGUGAAAACUUGUUUUUGCAAUCCACACCCACUCCAUCAUUGACUUCCUCUGCAAUUGUCUCUUUGAGACAGCAGAACUUUGGAACAUUGAAACUGCUACAACAUUUGCAAAGUCGUGUGAAGCAGCUCCGGGAAGAAAACCGCAUCUACCAUGGAAGUGGCCUGAAAGAUAUGAACACUGCACACUGAAUCAAGAAGCUCAUACAAAAAGAUGGAUCUGCUUAAGAACUAAUCAGAACAGAAGACUACUUCCAGAGAAAAUCAUUUCACUCAGCUUCUUCCAUUUUCCAGAGUGAGAUUACAUGCAAUCCGAGCCACUCAUUAUUCCAACAUAUUGAGCUCAGACUGGAGUACAUCUGGCAAACAUGGAGAAGGCCAGAAGCAAAACAAUUCUAUGAGGAAAGCCAGAUUGAGUACCAUACAGCAUAAAUUAUUUGAAUAUAUUUUUAAAGCUCUUAUUUAAUGUUGAGCUCCUUAAUUCUUUACAAAAUGGCACAGCUAAGAGCCUUGCACUGGAUUAACUAAAGCUGUAAAACUCUACUGACAGAAUUAAUUUAUUACAUGCUUACCAGGGGAUUGAAGCAAGAAUAGACUGUAGAAAUUCAAGUUGUUGCAUUUGACUGCAACUUCUGAUAAAGCAAAGGCUAUUAACACAGUUAGUUUCAGGUGAUCACUCUCAAGUAUCCUUUGAUUAAUAAGAAUUUAAUAUACUUGAGAUUGCACUGUAUGCACAUACAUGUACAUUAUUCUAAACAAUAGGCAAAAUGGUAAUUUCUGUAGAUUUUUCUAAUAUACAUAAAUAUUAAAAAUGAAUAUGUUCAAAAAUUUGGCAUUAAAAAGUGUUUAUAUCAAGCAGCAAUUACAGGGAUAGAUUAAACUCUAAGAACAUUCAUAUUUUUAAGGUUGGUGCAAGAAUUCCGAUGUUAUAUUUAAAGACAGCAUCAUUCAUAAUGUCGCAACCUCAGAGGCGACCAAUUAAAAAGUGUACAGUACCGUAUGAAAGUCUUGGGCGUGUGUAAAAAAAAUCUGUAAAGCAAAGAAGCUUUCAAAAAAAUUAAAUGAAAAGUUUCUAAGUAUCAAAAGAUUACUAUAAAGAACAAUAAACAGUAAAAUACUAAAUCAAAUGAAUAUUUUAUAUGACCACUCUUUGCCUUUAAAGCUGCAUCAAUUCACCUGGUACAUUGUCGUGCAGUUUUGCAAAAAUAAGUCGUCUGUUAAGUUGUUCCAAAUAUCUUGGAGAACUUACCAAAGUUCUUCUGCAGACAUUCGAGGUCUCAAUUAUUUUCCCCCCAGGUAAUCCCAGACAGUUUCAUGAUGUUGAGAUCAGGACACUUUGGAGGCUACUCUGAGGCAAAACUCCUUGUUCUUCUUUUCACUGAAGAUAGCUUUUGAUGGCCUUGGAUGCGUAUUUGGGGUCUGCUGCAGAAUGAAGUUGGGAUUGAUCAGAUGCCUCCUUGAUGGUACUGUGUGAUGAAUAAGAAUCUGCCUGUAUUUCUCAGCAUUGAGGAUCCCGUUAAUUCUGACCAGAUCACCAACUCCUUUUGCAGAAAUGCAGCUCCAAACCUGCAGAGAACUUCCUCUGUGCUUCACUGUUGGCGGCAGACACCCAUCCAUGUAACACACUCCAGCUUUUCUACAAACUACCUCUUGUUUGAGCUAAAAAUUUCAAAUCUUGACUCCUCAGUCCAGAGCACUUGUUGCCAUUGUUCAGUACCCCAUUCCCUGUGUUUUUGUGCGUAGUUGAGUCUCUUGGCUUUGUUUCUACUUUUGAGGAGUUUUUUUUUGCCAGCAAUUCUUCUAUGAAAGCCACUUCUGACAAGACCUCUGGACUGUAGAGCAGUGUACCUGGGUUCCUGUGGUUUCUGUGAGUUCAGAGUUGAUAGCAGUGCUGAUUUCUUCCAAUUUCCAAUUCAGUUUGAUGCGUCUCCCAUCUGCUGUACUCAAGUUUUUAUAGCUGACCACUGCCUUUCUGGUCCUCAACCUUACCCGUUUCUUUGUUCUUCUUCAAAAAUGCUUGGAUAACACAUAUUGAAACACCUGCCUACUGCGAAAUUUCUGCUUGUAAGAGACCUUGCUGAUGCAGGAUGACUUCCUUGUAUCUUCUUGUGAUGCUCACUCUACCAUGGUAUAAGAAUUGAUGAUUUGAAGGGUAAACUGUUACAUCUGCAACACCCUCACUUUUAGUUUGGUUGUCCUUCGCCCAGUAUGAUUCCUUCUACACGUUUCUGUUUCAGUUAAUUAGUUUAGCUCAUUCGACUUGUUAUAAGACAUAGAAGCACAAAUAGGCCAUUUGGUCCAUCGAGUCUACUCUGCCAUUUAAUUAUGGGUGACCCUUUUCUCACCUCCUCAGCCCCACCUCUGGCCUUCUCCCUGUAACCUUCAAUACCAUGUCCAAUCAAGAACAUGUCACUCUCUGCCUUAAAUACACCAAAUGACCUAGCCUCCACAGCUGCCCGUGGUAAGAAAUUACACAAAAUCACCACGCUCUGGCUAAAGAAAUUUCUCCGCAGCUGUUUUAAAUGGACGCCCCACUAUUCUGAGGCUGUGCCCUCGACCUAGACUCCCCCACCAUGGGAAACAUCCUUUCCACAUCUACUCUGUCUAAGCCUUUCAACAUUCAAAAGGUUUUAAUGAAAUUCCCCCUCAUCCUUCUAAAUUCCAGCAAGUACAGGGCCAGAGCCACAAAUGUUCCUCGUAUGAUAACCCCUUCAUUCUCAGAAUCAUUCUUGUGAACCCUCUCCAAAUCCAGCACAUCUUUUCUUAGAUGAGAAGCCCAACACUGUUCACAAUACUCAAGGUGAGGCAUCACCAGUGCCUUAUAAAGCCUCAGCAUCACAUCCCUGCUCUUGUAUUCUGGACCUCUUGAAAUUAAUGCUAACAUUGCAUUUGACUUCCUUACCACUGACUCAACCUGGAAGUUAACCUGGGUGUUCUGCACAAGGACUCCCAAGUCCCCUUGCAUCUCAGAUUUUUGGAUUUUUUCCUCAUUUAGAAAAUAGUUUGCACAUUUAUUUCUACUACCAAGGUGCAUGGCCAUGUACUUUUCAACAUUAUAUUUCAUUUGCUAUUCUCUUACAUAUUCUCCUAAAAUCUAAGUCCUUCUGCAGCCUACCUGUUUCUCAACACUACCUGCCCCUCCACCAAUCUUUGUAUCAUCUACAAACUUGGUAACAAAGCCAUCUAAUCCAUCAUCUAAAGCAUUGUAACAGCAUUAAAAGAAGCGUUCCCAACACCGAACCCUGCAGAGCACUAGUCACUAUGUCACUAGUCACUAUGUCAUUUACUUUUCUCCUUGUCCAUUCAAGAUUGUUUAAUGUCAUUUCCUGUACACAAGUGUAAAAGAGACCUAAAUUAUUGGUGCUCCAGAUCCAAAACACAAAAUACAAAGAACACAAUAAAAACAGAAGAUAGCUUAUAUACAUAGAUUG